UAAUCUUCUCCGACCCCGAUCUCUCGCGCAUACAUAGAAGCAAGAUUUUCAUUAUCAUUUCACCGCUCCCACAUCCUUUAUCAUGUCUGCCAACCUCCUUCGUCCGGUCUUUCGUUCCUGUCGAGUCUCCAUCCCUGCUUAUUCGCUAAACAGUCUGUCUCGGGUCUCAUCCACUGGAUUCAAGAGAUUCGUCUCGACUAAACGUUACACCAAGGAGCAUGAAUGGGUCUCGCUCGACCCUAAGACCAACGUCGGAACGAUCGGCAUCACAGAUUACGCUCAAAACAGUCUCGGAGAUGUCGUCUUCGUUGAACUCCCCGAAGUCUCGGCCACCGUUUCAUCCGGCGACCUCAUCGGAGCCGUAGAGAGUGUCAAAGCGGCAUCAGACAUCUUUGCUCCCGUUUCGGGUACGGUGACCGAGGUUAACACCAAGUUAGCCGAUCAGGCUGGCCUGCUAAAUAAAAGCCCAGAAGAUGAAGGUUGGUUGGCCAAAAUUCAACUCUCCUCUCCUCAAGAGCUGGACAACCUUCUGAGCGAAGAAUCUUACAAGGCUCACAUCGAAGGAGAGCAUUAACGAAGCAUCUGGCAUCCGUCAGUCUAGCAGGCAGUGAAAACAGGAAUGUAACCACGAGCAUUGGAGAUUGUUCAUAUAUGAAAUCAGUGCCCCUCAUCUUGACACGAAUCAUUUUUUUUUUCGCUCCUACUAUCAUGAAAGAACUUACGCACUGCUCAAACUGCAACUUUAGAGGUGUCAUUUCUUAUUCUCAAGUGACGUACUACAAAAAAAGAUUACAUACAUAUUUGCAAACUGUUGGUUUGCGUC